GAGGAGUCAGAGUCCGUAUGAGAAGUAGCGAGGCAAGGCUGUGGAAAUAGCGGCUUCUUUUCGUCCACUGCGGGUUCCGCGAAGGGGUCCGUCUCCAAUCUCCAUGUAUAUAUGUGCAUGCGUCUGGCACUAACAACGGAAAAAUCCUGUUCGGCUGAAGCUUUGAUUCCUCACAGAAUUGAAAAGAAAAGAAAACAUUUCAAAGAUCUGAUUUGCUCUUGUUAUUAGCCAUGGCAGCGGGUGCAAACCUAAUUGGCGGAGAUGAUGUGGCAGCGGUGUUUCGAGAGUUGUUGAAAAAGAUAGAGGACUGGAUCGAGAAGGCUCACCAGAGUAGAUCCACACGCCAAAUAUUGAGGUCAACUCUGAAGGAUUCCACGUCGCUGGUGGAAGAGAUCAAAAAAUUGAACGAUCACUUGGAUUCCCCAAGAGAAGAAAUAGAAGAGCUGAUCCAGGAAAAGGAAGCAGGAGAUACGCUCGUUAGCAAGUCCCCGAGAAUCUCUUUUUGGAAUUUUCUCUUUCCAAAAUCCUACCAGGACAAGCUCAGACAAAGGCACGGUUCAAUCGUCAAGUGCCUGUCUUUUAAUUCGAGAAGUGAAAAUAAGAUGGCAAGGGAUGUGAAGGAAACUCUGAAGCAGGUGAGAGAAAUUCUCGAAACGAUGAGCAAAGAGAACUCCGACCACGGAAUUAUGUGCUUGCCUACUCAGAACCCUGAAUUCGUCAUCGGCAUGGAGGAGCCCUUGGUGAGGUUGAAGAUGGAGCUCCUCAAGGACGGUGCCUCCAUUCUUGGGUUGACGGGUCUACCAGGAUCCGGCAAGACCACGUUGGCCAGGAAGCUUUGUAGUGAUGACCAAGUCAAAGGUAAGUUCAGGGACCAUAUCUUGUUUGUGACCUUCUCAAAAACACCCAACUUCAAGGUCAUUGUGGAGGCUCUAUUUCAACGCUGUGGGAAGGUUCCUGAGUUUCAUAGUGACGAAGAAGCAGGUAAAGAAUUGGGACUUCUGUUGAGUACAAUAUCGGGCAGUCCGAUAUUGCUGGUGCUGGAUGACGUUUGGCCCGGCUCAGAAUCACUUGUUCAGAACUUCAAGCUCCAGAUUCCCGAUUAUAAGAUUUUGAUCACUUCGAGAGUCACAUUUCCAACGGCUAAACCUCGUAUCCACUUGGAACCACUUCCUUAUGAAGAUGCACUAACACUUUUCCGUCACUUUGCUCUCGUAAAAGACAAUUGCUCGUACAUUCCCGAUGAAUUUCUUGUCCAAGAGGCUGUGAGAAGUUGUAAGGGCCUACCUAUCGCCAUUAAAGUAAUCGCUAGAUCACUGUGUCAGCAGCCUCGUGAAACGUGGCAAAAGAUGAUAAAGGAAUGGUCGCAAGGCCAUUCUAUUCUUGAUUCCAAUUCAAAUUUGCUUAAUUUCCUCCAAAGAAGCUUGUGUGUUUUGGAAGGUGAGCCCAUCAUCAAGGAGUGCUUCAUGGACCUAGGGUUAUUUCCCGAAGACCAAAGAAUUCCUGCUACGGCUCUCAUUGAUAUGUGGGCGGAACUGUAUCAACUAGACGAUAACGGCAAAGAAGCCAUGGCCAUAAUCAAUAAAUUAGUAUCCCUGAAUUUGGCAAACCUCCAUGUUACAAGGAAAGUCGAAAGUGAUGCAGACAGUUACUACAACAACCACUUCAUCAUGCAGCAUGACCUUCUAAGAGAUCUUGCAAUUCAUCAAAGCAACCAAGAACCUGUUGAACGGAGAAGAAGAUUGAUGGUUGACAUAAAUGAAAAUAAUCGACAAUGGUGUCUAGAGGAGCACCAGCGAGGCAUUAUUGCCCGCAUGUUGUCGAUAUUCCUUAAAUGGUUCGUUAAACAAAAGCAGCAACCUGCCAUUGCACGGACAUUGUCUAUAUCAACUGAUGAAGCAUUCACUUCAGAUUGGGGCAAUGCGCAGUUAACUGAAACUGAGGUUCUAAUAUUGAAUGUUCGUACUAAGCAUUAUUCCUUCCAGAAGUGCAUUGAGAAAAUGAAAAAUCUAAAGGUUCUGAUAUGCACUAAUUAUGGUUUUCAUGCUUCCGCAUUGGAAAACUUUGAGCUACUUGAUUCUUUAUCUGCCCUGAAAAGAAUGAGACUGGAGAAGGUUUCUCUUCCUCCCCUCGGCAAACUGAAGUAUCUGCAAAAAUUAUCCCUUUACAUGUGUGAUACAAGUCAAGCUUUUGGAAGCUGUAAGAUACCAAUUUCAGAUGCAUUGCCGAAUCUAGUAGAAUUGAACAUUGACUAUUCCAAAGAUAUGGUGGAAUUGCCUUCUGGUCUCUGUGAUAUUAAAACCCUCAGAAAGCUUAGUAUUUCCAACUGCCACAAGUUUUCUAAUUUGCCCCGAGAAAUAGGCAGGCUGCAGAAUUUGGAACUACUGAGGCUUAAUUCCUGUACUGAUUUAGGAGGUAUACCAGAAUCAAUUGGCUGGCUUUCAAGGUUACGUUUUCUUGACAUAUCAAACUGCAUAAGCCUAAGAAAUUUACCUGAGAGCAUUGGUGAGUUACAAAACAUAGAGAAGUUGUACAUGACAGGUUGCUCAAGGUGUGAACUGCCAGACUCGGUCAUGAAUCUUGAGCAUUUAAAAAGUGUAACAUGUGAUGAGGAGACGGCUGCUUCAUGGGAGGUUUUCAAACCAAUGCUUAACAAAUUAAGGAUUGAGGUGCCACAUGUGGAUGUCAACUUAAAUUGGCUUAUCGGGACUGGCUUAUAAGCUGCUAUGGUGGGGAAUGGAUUUGGCACACCUUCUUUCUCGUGCAUUUCUUUGCGCAUGUCCUAUUCUAGUAUCAAUAAACACAUUAUACAUAUCUUUUCCUAUCUUUUACAUCUUAUCUUUGUUAAUAAAAAAGAGAUGCACAAGGGAAUGCAUAAAAAAAAAGUGCACCACAACCAUUUCCCUCAUGUGCAGGAUCUAAUCCAUGGUCUGUCUGCACCGGAAGGAAAGUAGCAUGAUGGCGCCGGGGGUGCAAACUGAGCAUUUGUUUCCGUGCUCAGACCAACGCCCGCACAAAAGCUCUUCUCUUGGAGCUUUUGGUCAAAUGGGCAUUUGAGGAGCAUGAAAGUUGUCCCAAAAGUGCGCUAAGUAAUUGAAGAAGCACCAGAAUCCCCAAUUCCCCAAUUUUGGUUAUGGAGGAGGCAGGGGGAUGAAGACCGAAUGUGAAGAUCAGAGAUGGGCUAGAGAUUUAACAUCUUUAUCUUUGGAUCAAUUCAAUGGUUGGCAUUCCAACCGGAGCAUCUUGUUGCUGCUUUUCUUCUGAUGCGGAUAUACCGAAUGCUUCUCCCUCUGUUAGUUUUCCGCAAAUUUGAGGGGGGAGAGACUCUUUCUUUUUAAGGGAGGAGGAAAUGGAAAGGUUCUGCUUUCACCAUAACGUAUGAAUAUGUAGAACAAGGAGCCAUGUUGAGCCAUGUUCAAUGCAUGUCAGACACUUGAAAGUCAAAUAUAUGUAAGCAGCAGGAAUUCAGGCUAAUCAUGUCCUGUGUAUAUUGAUGUACUUUAUGGAUCCUAAGACAGCUUUUGUGAUUGUAAUUUAGAAUUUGAAAUAUUACUGCCUGCAUGCUUGUGUGUGUAA